GUCGCAACAAACUCCAGAAAGGCGGACCGCGUGGCAAAGACCAUGGCUCCAAAGAGCUCGGACGCGACAGCCCUGGCGUCUUAUUUCUCCACUCUAGAUCCGUUCUCUGAGCCGAAUCCCCAGCAAGCUCAGAAGCUGUUGGCGCUUUUGAAGAACAACUCGGGCGACAAAGCUUCGCACGCUUCGGUUGUUAUCGCACACUUGUGGAGCUCGCAGGCCCAAGUAGCGCUCACGCAGCAGGGGCGACCCUCGGCCGCGGUGCGGAACAUCUUCCUUCGCACCGGCGAGCGCCUGGCGGGUGUCCUGGACAAUGACAUGACGCCGACCGCACUUCAGACUGGCCACGCGCUGCUCCGUGCCGACUUGCUGAGUGUCUACGCCCGCUACCUGGCAAGUGUUGGGCAGCAGGGCACGGCUGAGGUUGCUGGAGGCAGUGCUGGCGGGGGCAGCGGCAGCGGCGGCCUGAGCCCUGAGCCACUGCUGCAGCGCCGGCCUGACGUCGCGGAGGACGCGGCGGCGGUGGUGGUCAUCACACAGCUGCUAGAUGCGCUGGCCGGCCGCGCACGCAACGAGCCCGCCCUGCAGCACCCACAGCGCAAGCAGAAGCAGGAGCCAGUGGCUGCAGAGACUAGCAAGGCGGCCGGCAGCGCCAGAGCUCACGCCCCGCCGCCCCCGACGCCCCCGCCGCCCUCCCUGGGCUCGGAGCUGCGCUCCGGCCUGCGCCACAGCGGGCUGCUUGAGCACACAGCGGCGGCACUGCUGCGGCUGGCGGCAGCGGCGCCUAGCAGUGGGCACGAUGGCGAGGCCGCCGCGCCGCAGCAGACGUGGGUUCACGUGACAGAGGCGACGAAGUUCCUAUGCUCGGCCGUGGGCGGCCUGCAGCAUAAGGACGCGAUUCUGUCCCUGGCCACCUGGCACGCGCUGGCACCGCCAGGGUCACACACGCCCGCAGCAGCAGCCCGCGGCGCGGCCGCCGACGUGGACGCUGCCGAGCGGGCCGCGCAGGCCGUCGCCGCCGUUAGCGAGCAGGCGGCUGAGGUGCGGCCGCUGCUGUCCGGCCCGUGCCUGCAGUUCUUCCUGUGCUGGGCCCUGGGCUGCACCCGUCUGACGGUGGAGCACGUGGCCGGGCUGGGCGGAGAACCCCAGGAGGUGGUGGCGGUGGUCUCGGGCACUCAUGCAGAGACGGCGUCGGGCCGGCGGCUGCUGAUGCGACCGCUGCUGCCCGGGCUCCACACGACGCCAGAAGACCAGCUCAAAGCUGCGUGCCUGGUGCUUAUAUCAUCAGCGAUGGUAAUGCAGACGACAGUCGGCGGCGGCGGCGGCGGCAGGAGCAGCCGGUGCGUAGGUGCGGCCAGCAAGUCCCCAUCGUCAGCGCCCUACCCGCCUGCCCGCAUAUUUGAUGCAGUGCGGAGCGUGUUGCCCAGCUUCUGCUCCCCCCAGCUUCGUGGCGUGGACUUUGACUGCGACACGGAGCGGACCGACGCCAGCCUGCUGCUAGCGCGGCUGAUUAGGGAGCUGCCGAGCCGGGCGGCGGCUGCGCGGCUGCCGGGGCUGUGGCGUCUGCUGCUGCUACAGCUCGACUCAGGCCUGGUGGAUGCCAUGCUGGGACCGCUGUGCGAGACCGCGCGUCUGCUACUGCCGAACGAGGUGGAUGCUGCGGCGGCGGCAGCCCGCGGGGCGGCUCUGCUACAGCCGCCGCCGGGUCUCAGCUGCAGCCUGCGCUGCGCGCUGGACGCAGGACUGCUGCCGACCCUGGAGCGCGCAGUUCGGGACCCGGAUGCCUGGUCGGGCCCGCCGGAUGAGUGCGGCAGUGACGGUGAAAGCCGCAGCGAUGACGUUAGCGCCCGUGCUAACGACUGCUGCAGCAGCGACAGCGGCAGUGACAGUGACCUGAGCAGCUGCGAACGCAAGGUGGACGACAGGCUGCGGCUGAUGCAGGUGCUGGUGGGUGUGCUUGGCGGCACGGGCGCGUGGCCGGCGCUGCUGGCACACGGCCCCCUACACGAGCUGGUCAGCCUCAUUGCCAGCCUGGGCGCCGUGAUGAGGAAUCUGACACCGUUGACCGAUGUCAGGAGCGCGCAGAUGAACCUGUACCUACUGGGCGUCGGGCUCACGGCCCUCCUGCAGCAGGCGGUGGACGUGUUGGAGUGGGAUGCUGGCCGGGGCAGGGGCGAAGCUGUCGCGCAGCAGCCGGGACUGGGGCCGGCUCAGCAGCCGCAGCAGCUGUCAAAGGGCCAGAGGAAGAAGCUCAAGCAAAAGGCCAGCAGGAGCGGAGGUGCUGGCGAGGGCGCGAGCGCCGGCGGCAGCGGUGGAAUCGGCGGCAGUCCCAGCGAUAACGCCGGCAUCUACCUAUGGUUUGAUUUCUGCAGCACCAAGCCUUACGCCGGUCCGGUGACCCUGCCCGUCAUUGCGGCGUGUGGCGGCGCGCCGCCGGCCGGCUCGGCGGCGGCGGCGCAGCAGGCGCUGCUCGUGUCCUUCGCCCUGCAGCAGUGGCUGCCGCCUCUGGUGGCGCUGGCGGGGUUCCGCUGGGAGACUGUGUGCCAGGCAGCCCAGGGCGGCGAGGAGGCGGAGUCGGAGGAGGAGGGGGCCGCGGCGGGCAGGGGUGGGGCGGGAGAGGCGGCGCACGCAACCGCACAUGGUGACGACGGCCUUGACGAGACAGAACCCAAGUGUCUGCGGAUGUGUGCCGCCGUGCUGAGGCUGCUGGCGCGUGUGGCCAUACGGGCCGCGGUGCUGGCACAGGGCACAGGGGGCGCGGGCGCCGGCUCAGGAGGCUCUGCCACAGGAGGCUCUGCCACAGCCGCAGGAGGAGCCGCAGGCAGCGCAGAGGGGGCGGCCGCCGGUCCAGAUUCCAUAGCCGCCGCCCCGGCCACACGGGAUCGGGAUCCGGGCCGGGAGCUGGCGAGCUGGCUGGAAGGCGUCCUCGACCCGUGUGUACCUGCCCUGACCCAGAUCACCAAUGCCAUGCCAGCGCCCGCCCUGGCCAAGGCGAAAGCGGGCCGGGCAGUGGUGUCGGCGCUCCUUGACGUCGUGCAGGCCUACUCAGCCGCCAAGCCCGCAUUUGCAAAGGAGCUACUGAACGGCUUCCAGUACGUCGUGGACGUUGACGUGGACGAGUCGGCGAAGGGCCCGCAGGAUGCCAGCGGCCGCGAGCUCAAGCUGCGGGGGAGCGAUUCCGAGAUGGUGCCGUUUUCCACCAUUCUGGCCGAGGCCGCCAUAAGCCAGGGCCGGCGGCCGCUGUCGGCGUUCAUUGAGCGUGUGGCCGCGGAGUCGGGGCAGCUCGUGUGCCUAACGAUGCUGGAGGUGCAGCUGCGUGGGCUGACCAAGCAGCUGACAAGCGAGUUCGGCGGGGUGCAUGACAGGGUGGAGGCCGCGGUGGCGACCGAGGCUGCGGCGCUGUGGCGGGCGCUGUGGUCGGAGGGCGGUGAGGGCGGCUCGGACUGGCGCCGGCGGUGCGAGCGUGCGUGUAGCGAGUGGCUGCUGGCGCCGGCGGAGGGGCGGCUGCGGCUGCGGGAGGUGGGCGUGGUGAUGGGCAGUGGCGGCCGCAACAAUGGCAGCGACGUGGCGUCUGCGUCUUCGUCGGCAUCGGGCGCCUGGACGCUGUGCGGCAACCCGAGCUGCACCAGCCUGCACGGCCCUAGCGCGCUCAUCCAGCCCGGCGCCGGCGUGUGCUGCCCGCACUGCCGCCAGGCCACCUACUGCUGCGCCGAGUGCCGGCAGCAGCACUGGGCUGCCGGCCACGACAGGGCAUGCAAGGGCGGGAAGGCGGCGGCGAGGAAGGACACGCCGGCGGGCAGGCAGUGAACCACACUGUCUUGUCUCAGAGGCGUGCAACUUAUGAAUCCCAUUAGUGAUCAGUAGCGUUUGUGAAUGCCGAGUUCACGUGCUUUGGCGUUGGCUUGGCUGCGUGAACCGCAUGAGGCUGAUUGCAUGUGUUUGAAUACGUGCUGCGACGCUGGACCUGGGGGCACGCCUCGAAAUCAUGUGUACAGAGUUUAGCUGAUGAGGUUAGCUGGUAGGUCUUCGGUAAGCCGCCAACAAGUGAAGUAAUUGAGUGGUAUGGAUGGAUUUGCCCACUGGAUGUUGGUGUGCGAUGGGACAGUGUCAAGGCAGGUUGGUGAAGUCCCGCAGGGUGCAGCUAAUUCCCAGACCCCAGAAGAUGUGUGCGCGGCUGGUCGAACGCCGGAGUUACUGUACCGAAAAGUUGCUGGCUGGCUGGAAGUUUGCUGAUGCGCAUUCCUCACGCUCCGGGCGCCCGGCCAGGCGAUAGCACCACACAGACACACCGUGACACCGCAACGCCACACUCGCGAUGCAGAGCCGCAGCGCACCUGCAGGAAGGUGACCAGCGUCCACGGAUGAGCACCAGAGGCAACCGUACAUAGUAUGUACUACAUACAGGAAAUGCGAACAGAAUGCAGCAAGCAAUGGCCGGGCGACAGUAAUACAGUAUGACAAGCAGGGGCAAAACUGGAUGUUGGUGAGGGGUGAGGGAACCACCUCCCUUGCCUAAUGUGCUCAACUCGUGCUGGUGAUGGGGGGCUGACGCCAGGUAGGGCAGGCUUGUUUGAUAUCGACACAGUGGUCGCAGUAAUUGUACACGUGUCCCGAACGUAUAUAUAGGCUGAUACCAGUUAUCGACAAUACUUCAAAACGAUAACAAUGCGAAACCGAGAAAGGCAGUGUGGGAUUUGCGGAUUGAGCGUGCAGCCUGCUACGGCACCGCGGUCCAACGCUAAGUGCCGUGGGCGCUAAGCUGGGAGGCCCACGGCCUACAGGCUGCAGGCCACUCCGCCACAAUGGUUG